AUUUAAAUUUGGCGGGUCCCAGUGGCGCCCCCUAACCAGUAUAUAAAUUGACGUAAUCACCGUUUCUCUGCCAUUUUGAAGUUUACGAAAGAGAUGUCGCAUCGUAAGUUCAGUGCCCCCCGCCAUGGGUCCAUGGGCUUCUACCCCAAGAAGCGGUCCCAGCGUCACCGCGGUAAAGUAAAGGCCUUCCCUAAAGACGACCCAUCGAAACCCGUGCAUUUAACCGCUUUUAUCGGCUACAAAGCCGGUAUGACCCACGUGGUUCGUGAAGCAGACCGGCCUGGCUCUAAAAUCAACAAGAAAGAAAUCGUGGAAGCCGUCACCAUCCUGGAAACCCCACCCAUGAUGAUCGUCGGUGUUGUUGGCUACAUUGAAACCCCACAUGGUCUCCGCGCUUUGGCUACAAUUUGGGCUGAGCACUUGUCGGAAGACUGCCGCAGGCGCUUCUACAAGAACUGGUACAAGAGCAAGAAGAAGGCUUUCACUAAAGCAUCUAAGAAGUGGUCUGAUGAUUUGGGCAAGAAGUCGAUCGAGCGUGAUUUUAAGAAAAUCAUCAAGUACUGCAAAGUUGUGAGGGUGAUUGCGCACACACAGAUGAAACUGUUGAAGCAACGCCAGAAGAAAGCGCAUAUUAUGGAAAUCCAACUGAAUGGUGGUAGCGUUGCUGAUAAGGUCCAAUGGGCCAGAGAACACCUCGAACAACCAAUCCCAGUGGCGCAAGUUUUUGGUCAAGAUGAAAUGAUUGACUGCAUUGGUGUCACCAAGGGUAAAGGAUACAAAGGUGUAACGUCGCGUUGGCACACCAAGAAACUACCAAGGAAGACCCAUAAAGGUCUGCGCAAGGUCGCUUGUAUUGGGGCUUGGCAUCCAUCUCGCGUGUCAUUCACAGUGGCCCGUGCUGGUCAAAAAGGAUACCACCACCGUACUGAAAUGAACAAGAAAAUCUAUAGAAUUGGGGCUGGUAUUCAUACUAAAGAUGGCAAGGUCAUCAAAAACAACGCCUCCACUGAGUACGAUUUGACGGAAAAAACCAUCACCCCUAUGGGUGGAUUCCCCCAUUAUGGUGAAGUUAAUAAUGACUUCAUUAUGAUCAAGGGUUGCUGCAUGGGUCCUAAGAAGCGUGUUAUCACCCUUAGGAAAUCCUUGCUGGUUCAUACCAAACGUGUGGCUCUUGAGAAGAUCAGUCUUAAGUUUAUUGAUACAUCAUCCAAAUUUGGACAUGGUAGAUUCCAGACGCAAGCCGAUAAGGCUGCGUUUAUGGGUCCACUUAAGAGGGACAGAAUUAAGGAGGAAGAAAAAACAGCUGCACCUACAGCUAGUUCAUAAGUUUAUUGUACAUAUAAUACAAUAAAAUAAGUUGGAACGAU